AAGCGAAUGAAACGCUCAGACAAAAGUACUUGUGCUUCGAUUCGGGAUGUGAAUCGAUCAGUCUGGGGAUUGUUACGCAAAUCAUAGCUGUAGCUCAAUUUGUUCAGUGGCAAGGACUUGUAUUUAUACUUUUAUUGACAGCUAUCAUAUAUUAUUUCUCAUUGUUCUUUUAAUCUUCACUCAAAUAAGACGUGAAAAUGGAAGAACUACCCCAGGAACAAAUUAAUAUCUUAAAAAAGGCCUUUGAAGCCUUCGAUCACGAGAAGAAAGGAUGUAUUGGCACUGUGAUGGUGGGAACAAUCCUCGGGAUGUUGGGCCAUCCUGUUGACGAUGAUUCGCUGAAAGAAAUUAUUGACGAAGUUGAUGAGGAUGGAUCUGGAGAAUUGGAAUUCGAAGAGUUUGUAACUCUGGCAUCUAGGUUCAUGGUAGAAGAGGAUACUGAAGCAAUGCAGCAAGAACUAAAAGAAGCAUUCCGUUUAUAUGAUAAAGAAGGUAACGGUUACAUUACAACACAAGUCUUGAGAGAAAUUCUGAGGGAGUUAGAUGACAAAAUCAGCCCUGAGGACUUGGAUAUGAUGAUUGAGGAAAUUGAUUCUGAUGGUUCCGGAACUGUGGACUUUGACGAGUUCAUGGAAGUUAUGACCGGAGGUGAUGAUGAAAGAUAAUGAAGAGGGCUAUGAGGAAUUAUACUAAAAUUAAUUGUUGUUCUGUGUUUUAUUAUUAAUACUGCAAUUAUAAGAUUAUAAAUUAUUUAUUACAUUGUUUAUUGAAC